AUGAGUCUCCGAGGAAGGGAGUACCGUUAUUACUACGAGGACGACGAAGACGAAGAGUUAGAUACAAUUUCACGGGUAUCUGAACCCCGAUCUUCAAACGGUGGAAGCUAUUCUAUUAUUAAACGCUACGUCAUUGCGCCCGACUCCCGUUCCCACCGAGACGAUUCUGGAAGCGAGAUCUUGCCCCGCCGCAUUAGCACAAUGGACCGCCGCCAGGAGUAUGAAUAUAUUGAUAUCGACCGCGAAUCCUACAGGGGGUCAACGUACUCCCCCCAAGAGGAUGAAUAUCAGAUUGUCCGCCAUCAUUCUGAUGGCAUAGAGGAUCGCACUGUUUUCCAUCGGUCACCCCACGACUCGGAUUACUGGUAUGAGCGUCGCAUUCGAGAGUACGAUGAGGAUCCCCGCGAGUACGACGACCGCUAUUCGGACCGCUAUUCAGAUCGUUAUUCCGAUAGUCGAUCGAGCUUAGGGCAUCAACGUCGACAUCAUCGUCAUGACCGUGAUUAUGAUAGCGACGACGAGCAUGACCAUCAUCGUAGACACCUAGCCGAAGGUGCCCUCGCCGGUGUCGGUGCUGCAGAGUUAUGGCGCCGCAAUAGCAGAAAGGACCAAGGAAAAGAGCAUUCUGGCACCCUUUCACGCCUGACCAAGGACCUUGGUGCUGGAGCAGUGGGCGCAUAUGCUGUGGAUGCUAUAUCUAGACAUCGAAGCAAAUCGCGCCGCCGCGCUGACUCUCUUGACCGUGGUCGCGAUCGUGAGCAUUACCGCCACAGACAUCGCCAUCAUAGCAAACAUCAUCGCAGCCGGUCUCGCCGUCGCUCUCGUUCUUCGUCACAUUCACGUACCAAGACGCUUGCUGGCCUUGGACUUGGCGCAGCUGCCAUUGCGAGCGCUGUAGCUAUCGCACAUAAACAUGCUGAAAGCAAAGCGGAGAAAGCAAAUGCCCCUAAAGCCGACAAGCACCGUGGCCGAAAAGGACACUCUCGUCACCGACGCCGCCGCCGGGAUUCACAGUCUACCCAGUCUUACUCCUCCGACACAGACGAUUUGGAGCAGCGACGUAAAAAGUCUGCUGAGCAUCGCAAUCAGCGCAUGGCCGAAGCCGGUCUUGCUGGCGCUACAGUAGCGGGGAUUGUUGAACAUGCCCGCAGCAAGUCACGCUCUCGCAAGGGUGACCGUUCCCGAUCUCGUUCUCAUAGCCGAAUAAGGCAGGGUAUACCCAUUGCUGCUGCGGGGCUAGGCAGUGCAGCAAUCGCUGCAAUGUAUGAAAACAACAAGCAGAAGAAAGCUGAAAAGAAGCAUGAGAUGGAGAAAGAAGAACGUCGCCACUCUCGUUCGCGCUCUCGACAUCGACGAUCUCGGUCAACUUCAUCGUACUCUGAUGCUUCACGAAACAUGGCUGGCCUUGACCUCAACGAAAGAUCCCAGCCUCCGGGACUAAUCCAGUACGGCGAUGAUCCCGUUUAUGGUCGAAUCCCGGCGGCAGAUUAUUAUGGCCGCCCCGAACAUCCUCGCUUAGAGGAGCCAUCACGCAGACGCAAGAGUCGCAACCGCUCAAGACACGACUCUUAUAGUGAUUCAACCGAAUACGCUGGAUCUGACAGUGAAGAGCGACGCCGAAGAAAAUCUGAUAGAAAGGACAGACGUCGCAGCCCUUCACGUAGCCGUCACGGAAACGGAAACCUUGCUGCAGGGCUGGCUGCCGCUGGCCUUGCUGCUGGUGCAGGAUAUGCAGGACACGAAUAUGCAAAGCACCACCGUGAUCAGAAGCAUAGCAAUGGCCGUGCUGAGCAUGACAGGGACUACCGUGACCCUUAUGAAGAUGAAUAUCCGUCCCCUCCUGGCCCACCUCCGGGACCAUCUUCAUAUCAGCCUCCAGCAGCGCAGGAGUACUACGGUGUUCCUCCUCCUCACCCCGGGCCACCUGGAGGACGAGGAUAUCCUCCUCCGCCCGGCCCUCCACCCGGGCCAGGUUACUUUGCUGGGCCAGGACCAGGACCAGGAGGGCCUCCGGUAUACAGGGGGGAUGAGAAUGUUCCACAGCCAUCUCACCAAAACCAGAAUGGGUCCAGAGAAAAAGGCGUCAAGGGGAACUGGGCCUCGGAGACGUCUUUAUUUGAAUCGCCUCCAUUAAGCCCAGUUCGCAAUUGCAAUAGUCCUUUAUCCGAGCCUUUAUCGUCACUGUCUCCGCCGCACUCUCACAAAUCCAAGAACGACAAGGUGCAUGCCCGUCGGAAAUCCGUCCAAUUUAACCUUCCAUCGCAUUGUGACGGGUAUGAAAGUGACGACAACGACUCUUUUUCUGAUUCCGAUGCAACCAUUGACCACGACAGACGGCGCUAUUCUAAAGAUCGCCGUCAUUCCAAUUCUCGUUCUUCUCCCCACCAUUCUGGUGACCGUUGGUAUGACAGUGAUAACAACAGCGUCUCAUCAGCUUCUUCCCUUACUACCUCUGAUUCCUCUUCCUAUGCACCUUCCCGUCGCGCUGGAGGAUACCAUGAUUUAUAUACUAAGUAUCACAAACCAACACAUGUUCAGCGCGAAACCGAACCUGACUCGGACUCUACCAUUGAGCUUCCUCCGAGAUUUGAUGAACAUGGUCGAUUACUUGAAAGGUCACCCCCACGCCAGCCACCAUUUCUCGGAGAGAGGUAUGUUUUUAUGACACGAUGA